AUGAAUCUAAUCGUGAAGCUCCGCAGAAGUUUCAGAACGCUGGUCAUUCUCCUGGCGACCUUCUGCUUGGCAAGUAUCGGCAUUUCUGCCUAUUACCUCUAUACCGGCUACAAGCAGGAAAUAGCUCUCGUGGAAACCACUGGAGAAGCAGAGUGUGAAGACCUCAAGCUUCUACCAUACAGGUCUGUGGAGCUGAAAACGGCUAAGCCAAUUGAUCCGUCUAAAACUGAUCCCACUGUCCUCCUGUUUGUGGAAAGCCAGUACUCCCAACUGGGGCAAGACAUCAUAGCCAUCCUCGAGUCCAGCAGAUUUCAGUACAACAUGGUCAUCAUGCCAGCUAAGGGGGAUAUUCCCCCUCUCACAGACAAUGGAAGAGGAAAAUACACAAUUGUUAUAUAUGAGAAUAUUUUAAAGUAUGUAUCCAUGGACUCAUGGAAUAGAGAGCUUCUGGAAAAAUACUGUGUGGAAUACAGUGUUAGCAUAAUUGGUUUUCAUAAAGCCAAUGAGAACAGUGUCCCAAGUACAAAACUGAAAGGAUUACCAUUACAUCUUUACAAUAAUGUAGCCCUCAAAGACUGUGUGGUGAACCCUCAGUCUCCCUUGCUGCGCAUUACCAAAGCGCCAAGGGUUGAGAAGGGUCCACUGCCUGGCGAAGACUGGUCAGUUUUCCAGUUUAACCAUUCCACCUAUCAACCUGUGCUUUUAACUGAACUGCAGACCUCCAGACCGCCCCCUGCGGCAUUGCCAAAGGCUGCUCUGUAUGCAACCGUCAUCCAAGACUUGGGGCUUCAUGAUGGGAUUCAAAGAGUCCUUUUUGGAAACAACCUGACCUUCUGGUUGCACAAACUGAUCUUUAUUGAUGCCAUCUCUUUCCUCUCGGGGAAGAAGCUCACGCUGUCCUUGGAUAGGUACAUUCUGGUUGACAUAGAUGACAUCUUUGUUGGGAAGGAGGGAACGAGGAUGAACAUCAACGAUGUGAAGGCAUUACUAGAGACUCAAAAUUUACUGCGCACUCAGGUUGCAAAUUUUACCUUCAACCUUGGAUUUUCAGGAAAAUUUUACCACACAGGGACUGAAGAGGAGGAUGAAGGCGAUGACCUGCUCUUGAGAUCUGUGGAUGAGUUUUGGUGGUUUCCCCACAUGUGGAGUCACAUGCAGCCUCACCUCUUCCACAACGAGUCGUCACUGGUGGAGCAGAUGAUCCUCAACAAAGAAUUUGCAAUAGAGCAUGGCAUACCAACUGAUAUGGGGUACGCAGUGGCUCCGCACCACUCUGGGGUCUACCCGGUUCACAUCCAGCUGUACGAGGCCUGGAAGAAGGUCUGGCACAUCCGAGUGACCAGCACAGAAGAAUACCCACACCUGAAGCCUGCACGGUACAGACGGGGCUUCAUCCACAAUGGCAUCAUGGUGCUCCCUCGACAGACCUGUGGCCUUUUCACUCACACUAUUUUUUACAAGGAAUACCCUGGGGGUCCUCAGGAGCUGGACAAAAGCAUCCGAGGAGGUGAACUCUUCCUCACCAUUCUCCUAAAUCCCAUCAGCAUCUUCAUGACCCAUUUGUCUAAUUAUGGGAACGACCGCCUGGGCUUGUACACCUUUGCGAACCUGGCCAACUUUGUUAAGAGCUCCACUAACCUGAAACUGCAGACGCUGCCCCCAGUUCAGCUGGCUCAGAAGUAUUUUGAGCUCUUCCCAGAGCAGACGGACCCUCUUUGGCAGAAUCCGUGUGAUGAUAAACGACACAGGGAUAUUUGGUCCAGAGACAAAACUUGUGACCACCUACCCAAAUUUCUUGUGAUAGGACCCCAGAAAACAGGAACAACAGCACUUUAUUUAUUUCUUCUGAUGCAUCCUUCCAUUAUCAGUAAUCUCCCUAGUCCAAAAACUUUUGAAGAAGUUCAGUUCUUCAACGGAAACAACUAUCACAAGGGAAUUGACUGGUACAUGGAUUUCUUCCCCACUCCUUCCAACGUCACCACUGACCUCCUCUUUGAGAAAAGUGCCAACUACUUCCACUCUGAGGAAGCUCCUAAGCGAGCUGCUUCCCUCGUCCCCAAGGCCAAGAUCAUCACCAUCCUCAUCGACCCGUCCGAUCGGGCGUAUUCCUGGUACCAGCAUCAGCGAUCCCACGAGGACCCCGCUGCCCUGAAAUUCAAUUUUUAUGAAGUCAUUACGUCCAGCCAUUGGGCGCCCUCGGAGAUACGGACUCUCCAGAAGAGAUGCCUGACACCCGGCUGGUAUGCUGUCCAUAUCGAAAGAUGGUUAGCUCAUUACCCUGCUUCACAGUUGCUGAUUAUUGAUGGACAGCAGCUAAGAAGUGACCCAGCUACUGUGAUGGAUGAAGUGCAGAAGUUUCUUGGAGUCUCUCCUCAUUAUAAUUACUCUGAAGCUCUAACGUUUGACCCUCAGAAAGGCUUUUGGUGCCAGUUACUGGAAGGAGGGAAAACAAAGUGCCUGGGAAAAAGCAAAGGUCGAAAAUACCCACCAAUGGACCAAGAGUCUCGUGCGUUUCUGUCGAGCUACUACAGAGACCACAACGUGGAGUUGUCCAAGCUGCUGCACAGGCUGGGGCAGCCCCUGCCCUCCUGGCUGAGACAGGAGCUGCAGAAGGUCAGGUAGCACCCAAGGGCGGGGGAGCCACCUAAGGACGAUUUCCUUCACCGUCAACCCCCCUGCUUCUCCGACUCACUUGUGAUCGUCAGUAGAGGACCUCAUGAAUAACGCUCUUUCU